AUGCAUUCCAAAUAUGUAAACAAGGAGUCCAUCAAGUGGAGAGUGCUGGUGGAGGGCAGGCUGCUACAUGUGCGGUUCGUAUUUCAGAGGCAGCAGUUUGACGUUAUUUCUAUUUAUCAACAUGCAAUGACUUUUUCAGAUGGUGAAGUGCGAAAAGAAACCAUGCAGAAGCGUAAGAAGCUGUGGAGGGCUCUUGACAAGCUGCUUGCAGAACUUCCGCUGCGGUCGUCGAUUGUGCUGAUGGGAGAUUUCAAUACAAGCUUAUCCCCAAUGCCAAAGGUUGUGGGUUAUGGCGUUAAGCUCGGCAGCAAAGGUUCGGAGAUUCUGGAGGACAGAGGGAUUCUUCUGGAGUUGCUCGGACGAGCGGGCUUAUGUGUAUUGAACUCAUGGGGGCCCAUUCAGACCACAUAUGAACACCCGAAAGGAUCCUCUCAAAUUGACUUUAUUUGUGUUCGACAGGCGGUUGCGGAUGGCAAAUCAAAGCAAAGUGGGCCAAGGCCAGCCCCCAUUGCAGCUUGGCGCUCCUCUGGGCACAAGGUCGUAGUAGCUGACAUACCUGUGAACUGGAAGCCCUGGGCGCAGAAACCAUGCUACAGACCCCAGCGCCAGCUUCAGCCUCAUGUUCCUCACCCCAUGGAAGUAGCGACAGAGCCAAAUCCCACUCUUAGCAGGAUAACUCUGUCUCUUUGCAAGCACUGCCCCAGACGUGAGUCAAGAGUUUCAAAGCCAGAGCUGCGAGACUUGGGAGUGGAAAUUCAGCAUCUAUGGAGUCAACGCAAGGGUGCUGUGAAGACUUCAGCUUUGUGCGUCUCGGUUGCUGACUGCUUUGGCGCUCUCAAGCAGAAUGUGGGGGUGAUGAAGGCACAUCGUGCACUGCGCAAAGCUGCUCGUGACAGGAAACGGGACCAGAUUUUGAGUUUGUUGCAGGGUGCGGAAGAAUGCACUCUUCUAGCGUCCUACGCAAGGGAGCUCUUCAAAGGGAACAAGUUUGCCAGCUUCGAACUUGCUCCGCUCCCGGAAGAAUGGUUCUCUCCUGACGCCUGGGUUAGAGCGUUUGCAAAGCUGAAGAGUCACAAGGCGGUGCCAUACGACUCUGCCACAGUAGAGAGCUGGAAGGAGAAUGCGGUACGAUCGAUCUUGGAGCUCCACAGGGGCGACCUUACUUCGAAGCUCCUCCAUCAGAAUGAAGCAGAACUCAAGGGUGGGCUAAUGUGUAGUCUGGACCUUUCAAAGGCGUUCGAUAUGAUAGAUCACGAGGUGCUUCACAAAUCGCUGCUGGCCACGAACAUGCCGAGGAAUCUUGCCAGCCUCCUGGUUGAGAUGCAUGCGCGUACAGUGCUCACCAUCCAACAUGGGGGCAAGACUGAAUGCGUAGCUAUGUCUCGGGGUUUGAGACAAGGCUGCCCAUUGGCGCCGAUGCUCUAUUCUGCUUGGGUGUGUCACUUUUGCCAGGAACUCGAUAACCUGAUUGAUCCGCAGUUCACUUCCACGCAUGUAUCAAUUUUUGCAGAUGACAAACAUCUCUUCUGGGAAAUCCAUUCGAGACAACACAUGCAGAAAGCCAUCCAGCAACUUCGCAACGUAAUCAGUGUGCUAGUGAAGCGCGGCAUGCAGGUCAGCUUCCAGAAGUCGGCAGUGGUCUACGCAAUGCGUGGAAGACUGGCGGAGGAGAUGGUAGGGCUGCACACAGGCUGGCAUAAAGGUGCACGGUGUUUCAAGCUGCGCAUUGGGUCUCAGAUGCUUCAUCUUCCCAUUCAUGAUCGUCUGACAUACCUGGGAGUGGUGCUGUCUUAUGGGGCAUUUGAAAUGCAGACUGUUCAGCAUCGUAUAGCGAAAGCGUCCAAGUCGUUUGGUAUGCUGAGUAAAACGCUACGUGUAAAUGGAGUGCUUUCAAUCUGUCAGCGGCUGCGCGUUUACAGAGCUUGUAUUUGGACCUCGUUAGCCUAUGGGGUGACAGCUGUUGGGUUCACGGCUGGAAGCCUGAAGCAAAUCCUGAGCACUGUAUAUGUGCAGCUGCGCAAAGUUUUGCGGAUGCAUGAGAAAGGCACAACGCAAAAACAGGUCCUCUCAGCUGCGAACUUGGAUGUCGCGAGCAUUCUUACUGCGCAAGCAGAGACACAGGUUCAUAGCACUCAGCGCAGAUGUAGCGAAGCGAACGACGCAUGCGGUGCUGAGUGUGUGGAACUGGAGCGCGCGAAACAGGUUCUGUGCCAGAUUCAAACACUAUCCAAUCAGGAAUCACAGGGGACACUCCAUGCAGUUGUUGCUGAUCAGAUGCCACGGGUAGAUUGCCCAGUUUGCGGACUACAGUUUGCGGGCGAUUAUGGGCUACAGAUGCAUGUCAAAGCCUCACACCCAGAGCUCAAUCAAGUUUCCAAUACUGACUUUAUUCGUAGCAAACACAGCCUCUUUGGCGCUCCUGUUUGUAGAUUCUGCCGCAGCCGCUGUUACAACUGGCAGGCAUUGGAAAAACACAUAGCGGAGGGUGGCUGUUCGCGAAUUAAGGAUGCGUUUGCAAAGGGUCUCACCGUUGGAGAUCUACUAGAGCGGGUUGAGCAGGAAGAGAUUGCAGAUCCCCCACUCCCUCCUUCAGAUCAGCUUUCUCACGAGCCGCCAUUCAUUGAAACGGGACAUGUUGUUUUGACGUGUGCAGCUCAUCAAGUUCCUCUACACCUCGAUGCCUUCACGAAGUUGAGAACAAAAUGCGGGCUUUGCGGGCAACGUGUGAGGGAUACCAUCACGCUGAAAACGCAUUGGAGGCAGUCUCAUCCUAAGGCAUGGGGUGAAACGUACAGGGACGCGGCAAGCUCGGCAAAGGCAAUGAGUUCUAUUUUUCGUAGCCCAUGCCAGUUUUGUGAUGUUCACAACAAGAACGCCAAAGCUCAUGCUGAACGCUGUCCGACGUUUUUCCAGGUCACAGCUCUACGCAAGUUACAACAAGCGGGUUCCAACAGAUUGGAAAUGGAGGGAGUCAAGCAGCAACGGCCCAGGCAGCACGAAAGAGAGCCAGAGUACAAGCAAUGGACAGCGGAGAAAACGGCCAUUGGAAAGGCAUUUGGGGCAACCUCGAAACAGGCGAGACAGGCGGCUGGGGAGAUUACAAUCCAGGCACCAGGUCCAUGCGGGCAGCAGACAGCAAUCCGACAACAGCAAUCACAGGAAGCGGAGAAGUCGAAGCAGACACAUUCAGGCCUCCUUCGGUAUUUCAGCAACAUACAGCGGACCAGGACUAGCGCAGAGCCAGGUUUACCAGAGCGUGAAGAUCGCAACCUACCGCUAACAUGCAAAGUUCGCUUUCGCAAUCCUCAUUCUCUAUGCUAUGCCAAUGCGAGUGUUCUGGCCAUUUUACACCUUCUACAUGUGAUUGGACAGGACUUUGGCAACCUGGAGUUCCUGCGACAGGCCUGCUCAGCUUCGGUUACAGCAGACACUGACAUGAGCUUGACUACCAAUUUGAUGUUUCGCAGUUUAUUGCCUGGAUGGAGCUAUACAAAUGUGCAAAGAGAUGCAGCUGAGUACACCAUGUUGCUACUGGAAGCCAUACGCAUGUUCAGGUGUGACUGGGUCCUCUGUGAUGCAGACAACGUUGGAGCAGCUCUUGAACGAGGUGGCAAUCCGCUCAUGAUGCAGCUCCCUGAUGACAUGUGCACACUUCAGACUGUCAUAGACGAAUGGGGGAGACCGGAGCCAGGUCACAAACUCUUCUCAGAGGUGAGCUUUGAGGAGCCAGUGCGCGUUCAGCAGAUGGACGACGAUAGAUUAAGCGAUGCACAGAAGGAAGAGGAGGCGUUCUUUGAUCGGUACUUCCCUGCAGGAGUCAGCCAGCGGGCUGACAGCUACAAGAUGGACACUGACAACAGGGCCACCAAACAGCAGCGCACUGAGGGCGACGGCAGCAAGGGCAAGACCGGACGAGGCCAAUCCGGCAAGGGCCGCUCUGGUCGCUCUGACCGAGUGCAGGACAGGAGCCGCAGGGAGCCAUCUGGACAUCGGGGCGGGCCGGAUCGCAGCUCAAGGUCUCGCAGAGAUGCAGCAAGGGAUAGAGAAGACGGGGAUCUUCGCGAUACCAUAAGCAGUCUUCAGAGACUAGUCCUCAGGCAUGAAGACUCGAUCAGUAUGGUUCAGUCGGAGUACUCGUUUGUGGCCUUUCUAAGAGUGAACUCGCCUUCGAGUGUGGUUGGAGCUCUCUAUGAUGCACAGCAUGCGUGGAGAGAACUCAAAAACACCAGCCCGGCUCAGCUCAACAAGCCCAUGCGAUGCAGCCUCCUUGGCUGCCUGUUUCGGGAAUUAUCUCACAGGAUGAAAGGCCUGGAGAGCGAAGAUGAAAAUCGGAGGCGACUUGUCAGCUUGGGCUGGCUCAUGGAAGACUCUUCGUGGCGCUACCUACAGUGGUCCUCGACCCAGAAAGUGCUCCUCGCGGACGAUGCGCGACAGCCUGUGAAAGGCGCCGAGGCUAUUGAGUUGGUAGCCAAGAUAGUGGAGCUGGUUUCUGAACCAGGGCUAGUGGUGAGGUUUCACCCAACGAGGCCUCUAACGGGGCAGAUGGCGGGAGACUCGCUCACAUGCUGCCUCCAGGUUUCGAUUCGCGAGCCCAGAGCAGCUCUUCUAUAUGAUGCGCUGGACAGGCUUUCAGGGCUGGCACGUACGCAACUCGUAGGAAUGGGGCUGAGGCGAGACAGAAUGGGACGCUCAGCGCUUGCGCAGUCCAUUGCCAGAAAUCUGUGA